AUAAUGCAACUCUAUCAUUAGUCAUAGUGCAAUGGAGGGUGCCGCAUUACUGUUAAUAUUACUACCAUGUUUUCUCUCUUGUGCUGGGGAAGGAAAUAUACAUUUGUUAGAAGAAGAAGUAGCUGCUGCAUUAAAAUCAUGUUAUGCUCCUAAAGUCGAACAAAAUACGAACAACCAGCGCCAACGCAGAUCUGAGGACUAUCCACGUUUAGACAGUCCCAGGAAUAUAAAUCAAUAUGGACAUGAGAUAAGAAACACUAGUGAUUUGAGGGAACAAAAUAUUUCCGUACUAAACGCUACUGAUUAUGACUACGGCGGAUAUGGAACAGGGAGUGGAGGUGAAAAAUUGGUCACGUCAGCUCCACGAGCAGCCGGUCGGAACAUUUCUAAUGAAACUACGAGUAGUAAUAGUAUCACAAAUAAUAGGACCAGACGAAGUGAUUCGCUACUAAAUAAAGCUGAUGUAGAUCAGUGUUUGAGUCAGUGUGUAUUCGCCAAUCUACAAGUAGUCGACUCCCAAGGAAUACCUCGUGAGAACGAACUUUGGAACAAAGUACAAUUUUCGGUGGCUUCACAACAGUCUCGUACUGCAUUGAGAGAUCAAAUCCGAGCGUGCUUUCAAGAGUUACAAACAGAAGAAGAAGAUAAUGGUUGUUCUUAUUCAAAUAAACUUGAACGAUGUUUGAUGCUAAGAUUCUCCGAUCGAAAACCAUUUGAUGAGACAAAAAAAGCAGAGAGUAAUUGAGAUACUUACAUAUAAUUGCUUUAAUACCUACUUAACUAAUAACAGCAAAUAAAUAUGUGUAUUAUACCUAUUUAUAUACAAAAUCAGCGGCAUUUCUAAAAAGGACAUACGGCAUAUAUUUAAUGGCACCAUUUUAGUGCUUCUAUUUUUCUUUUUCUUCAUGUAUAUUUUUUUUCAUUCAGUGUAGAGUUAAGAAUUAAAUAUAUAUUUCUGUUUCAUUCGUAUUGGAAUAAAUCCCAUAACAAAAGAAUGUUUUGCAUGUAUCCUCAAUUAAAAACAAAUUAGCUAUAGCCCUUUCUUUACUCAUAUGAAUUAGGAUACAAACUGGAUUGCUAGCAAUUAUUAGUAAGAUUUCCAUUCUAAUUUCUAGAUUCUGUUGGCCAUCUUAAUGGUGUAGCGAUUUAAUACACUGCUUCACCUACCGAUGGUCUACGGAGUCAUAGCCCCGUAUGUUAUAAUUAUUAUUAUGUUAUUAUUAUGUUUAUUUGUAUUGAUUUGAGUGUUUGUAUGUAGUUACAAAAAUGUAUUCAAUUGUUUCUAUGAGUCGCACCUACUCAUAAUAAAAGUUGUGCUUAAUUUGGAAAUACAUUGUGUUUUAAAAUAUGA